GACUCCUCCCAUUCUGCUGAAUCACGUGUUUUAUUUAAGGCGGCGCUCCGGCUGGUCCUGCUGUGCGGCAGUCUGGCCGUGGCGCUGGCGGGCAGCGCAGGGCCGCCGUGCCCGCGCAACACCUUUUCCACCUUCGUCAACCUGGACCGUGUGGGCACCACCCUGCUCUUCAGCAGCUGCUUUUCUGGCUUCGAGCACGCCUUCCAGCGCACGAUGGAGCGUGCGGCGGACAGCUUCGAGAGCUGCGUCGCCCGGCUGACAGCUGGACGCCGGCUCAGUGCUGACUUCGUCGAGCGCACCUUCUCUGUGCUCGUCGGCCUGAACGAGGAGGCGCCGUCGGCAGAGUUUGCGCUCUGCGUGCUGAAGGGCGAGCGACUGGCCGGCCCGGACGGGCAGCCGCUGCCGGCCGGCUGGCAGGCGCUGCUGGACGCUAUGGGUGUCAACCGCUCGGUUGACGUGGUGCGCCGCUGCGUCACGUUUGCCGCCGCACCGCCCCAGCCGGCGCCGCUGCUCCAGUUCCUGGUGUGUGUCAAAGGCGAGCUGUUGCGACGCUGCAUGCGGCUUCCAGCCGACGCGCCGGCCCACCAGCUGACGGCAGCAGCUGCGCAGCUGGUGCGGCGCGAGUUGCGCGAGCUGCACACGCUGCAUAGCCGGCGGGAUGCGCGUGCCGUGGCCCGGCUGCCCAGCACUGUCCGGAUGGUGGUGCAUCGAGCGCCCACCGAGCUGGUGAUCAAGGUGUGA